AUGAGCUUACAAACUUAUGGGGUUACGCCACCUAUAUCUGUCGCAAAUCCUACACCAAAGGAGAAUAGCUUGAAUGAUUCUUUAAUUAGGGAACUAAAAGCGAAGGGUUCAUUUGAAAGUGAAGCGGCCACAAAGAAGCGUGUCGAGGUUCUUAAUACAUUGCAAAAGCUCACCGAAGAUUUUGUCUAUAAGGUGUCAUUAAACAAAAAUAUGAGUGAAGGUAUGGCAAAGGAUGCUGGUGGUAAGAUCUUCACAUAUGGAUCUUACAGGUUAGGGGUGUAUGGCCCUGGAUCUGAUAUCGAUACACUUGUGGUUGUUCCAAAACAUAUUUCAAGAAAUGAUUUUUUUGAAGUGUUCACCGAAAUCUUGAAGGAAAGACCUGAAUUGGAAGAAAUUGCGCCUGUACCUGAUGCAUUUGUGCCUAUUAUCAAAAUGGAGUUUGGGGGGAUAUCGAUUGAUCUAAAUUUUGCAAGACUUGAUAUACCUAGAGUUCCUAAAGACUUGACCUUAAAUGAUAAAAAUCUUUUACGUAAUAUUGACGAAAAAGAUCUUAGAGCAUUGAAUGGUACGCGAGUUACGGAUGAGAUCUUAACGUUAGUUCCUAAACCAACAGUCUUCAAGCAUGCACUAAGAUGUAUCAAAAUGUGGGCUCAGCAACGAGCAAUUUAUGCUAACGUCUUUGGAUUUCCUGGAGGUGUUGCGUGGGCCAUGUUAGUGGCAAGGAUUUGCCAGCUUUAUCCUAAUGCUGUGAGUGCUGUGAUCAUUGAAAAAUUUUUUCAUAUUUAUUCUCAGUGGAGUUGGCCGCAACCAGUGUUGUUAAAACAAAUCGAAGAUGGUCCGCUACAAGUAAGAGUGUGGAAUCCAAGACUUUAUCCGCACGAUAGACAACAUAGGAUGCCUGUAAUUACUCCAGCGUAUCCGUCGAUGUGUGCAACACAUAAUAUAACAAGCUCCACCCAGAAAAUUAUUUUGGAAGAAUUCAAAAGAGGAACAGACAUAAUGAAUCAGAUUAGCAUCAACAAGAAAACUUGGGGUGAUUUGUUGGAGAGACAUAAAUUUUUUUUCAAGUAUAAGUUCUAUCUUUGUAUAGUGGCAGCAUCAAAAGGUUCAUACGAAGAGCAUAUCAAAUGGAGCGGUAUGGUAGAGAGUAAACUAAGACUUCUAGUUCAGAAGUUGGAGAUUACAGAUAGUAUUGAAAUUGCUCAUCCUUACGUCAAAGCUUUUGAAAAUGAAUUUUUUGUUGAGAACGAUGCACAAGCAAGUGAGGCCAUUGCGAGCUAUGGUACUUUACAAGGAGAGGAGAUUACAAAGGACCUCCCAAAACCGGAAACUAAAGAAGAGAAGGAAGAUUUGAGUAAGCUGCAUAUAGAUGUUCAUGUUACGAAGUUGUACAUCGGCUUAGAUAUAGAUUUGCAUAAGGGCGGAGAAAAGAAGCUUGAUAUUCAGUAUCCUUGUUCUGAGUUUUUCAGCAUCUGCAAAGGCUGGCAAUCAUAUGACGAAAAGGUACAUAGUAUCCAGAUAAAACACGUAAGGUUAUAUGACCUUCCUAAUGACGUUUACGUGGAUGGAGAAGAGAGACCAGUUAAGACAUCAAAGAGGAAGAGACUUGAAGCAAAGAAUGAAACCAAGAAAAGACCUAAAAGUAUAGAAUCUGUCACAGCUGCAGCUAGUAGCUAA